AUGCCUGAGUCUCCACUCAGGCAGAGUGAUUCCAGUAAUGACACCAACUACCAGGUGACUCAGGCUGCUGCUUCUAAAGUGAUGGUGGUGAAGAUCUACAAGAACGACGUGGACCAAGAGGUGAUUGUGCGUGAGAUCAGCCUGCUGCAGAAGCUGUCCCACCCCAACAUCGUCAGGUACCUGGGGAUAUGUGUGAAGGAUGAAAAGCUGUACCCCAUUCUGGAGUAUGUGAAUGGGGGGUGCCUGGAGGAGCUCCUGGCCAGCAAGGACGUUGCUUUGACGUGGAAGGAAAAAGUGGACUUAGCAUCUGACAUCACCAGAGGCAUGAUCUACCUGCACUCCAAGAACAUCUACCACCGAGAUCUUAACUCCAAGAACUGCCUCAUUCGAGUGACGACACGAGGCCGUGAGGCACUGGUGACUGACUUUGGGCUUGCCAGGGAGGUGGUGGAGCUGCCUGUGAAGGACGUGGAGAGGAAGCUGUCUCUGGUGGGCUCUGCGUUCUGGAUGGCUCCUGAGAUGCUGCGGGGAGAGCCCUAUGACAGGAAGGUGGACGUGUUUUCCUUUGGCAUUGUUCUCUGUGAAAUCCUGGGCAGGAUUCCAGCUGACCCUGAAGUGCUUCCCAGGACUCAGGAUUAUGGCUUGGAUGUUGCUGCCUUCCAAGGCAUGAUCAGUGAAUGCCCCAAGCAGGUGAUGGACCUCACUGCUAGCUGCUGUCGGGUGGAGCCGUUUAAGAGGCCGUCUUUCUCCCAAGUCCUGGAGGAGCUGGAGGAUGCUGCAGAGACCCUGGAGCCCAGGAGGCACAACCAGCUUUCGGGCUGA